UGCGCAUCUCAUGUAAUCUCUCCAUUUCGUCAGCUGAUAAGUAGAAUUCUCAUCAAACUUCAAUUUACAGAAUGGAAUAGAGGAAGUAAAAGGAUUCCAGCUGUGGAGAUUACGAUGAAAAUACUUCUGACAGAAAAUCUGUCCUGAUAUUUACCUGCUUUAAGUGUGUGCUAACGUUACUGUGAUCGCUAUUAUUCAAAGCUACAACGUCAGAAGUAAACAGGUAUUUUUUUAACAAUUACUGACACAAUUUUUGUGACUGAGAAAUUGCACGCAAAAGGAACCACGGUUAUAGCUAGGUGUCUGGAGAUCUAUACAUAUUUUUUUAAUUUGAAAACAGUCGGACAGAUAUGGCGUCUGGAUCAAAUAAAAACCUCUGGUAAAGGCUUGGCAAUGGAGAAGACACCUGUGUCAGCACCAGACAUGUCUUCAAAUAAAUCCUACAGCCCAGGUAUGAGAUCUACUACCGGAAAGGAAGCCAUGUUAGGGCAGUCUAGACAAGGUGUAAAUCCAAGAUCAGGACAGGUGACAGUACAGACACAACCUCCACAUCAUCCCGUUUCCUUAGAGAAGGCUGAAUGUAUGCAUUCCUUCAGUGCUAAACUGGAAGAUGAUAGGGGAACCCUCAUGCAUGUAACCGGCUUAGCCAUACAUAAGGAGCAACUAUUUGUUGUGGAUUAUGGAAACAACAGAACCAAAGUAUUCACACAUAAAGGGCAAUUUAAGUUUGACAUUAAACUAAACAGACCAUGGGAUGUGGCUGUGUCACAGACUGGUCAACUGUAUAUAACAUCAACUGAUGACAAAUGUGUCAAAGUGUACUCCACCAGAGGUCAGCAGGUGACAACCAUGGGUCAUGGUCUACUGGAGGUUCCAUGUGGUAUCACACUUAACGGACAAGGUCAUGUGAUGGUAUGUGACAGAGGAAAGAGGUCUAUCUUCACAUUCCAUGCAGACAGUGGACAGCUCCUGAACACUAUUCCACUCAGUAUGUGUGGAGACCCAGCGUACAUCACAGUGAACAGUGUGAAUGAUAACAUUGUGCUAUCAGACUGGUUGGGACACUGUGUACAUGUGCUGUCACCUACUGGUGAUCAGCUGUGGCAGUACGGUACACACGGCAGAGGUGUUGGUAAGCUGAAGUCACCACAUGGAGUGUACACAGACAGCUAUGGUCACAUCUUCGUUGUUGACUGUGAUAAUCACAGGAUAGUGGCACUGAGUCCACAGGGACAGUUUAUCAGAUACAUUGUCACUAAGGAUGGUGGGUUGAAGUUACCCAGUGCAUUAGCCAUCAACCCUGCUGGCCAGCUGGUGGUGGGAGAUUUGAGAGGCAAAGUUAAGACAUUCAAGUUCAUUCAACCGACAGAAGGUCAGUUCUCAGAGGAGAUCAAUAAACAAGAACCACUACUGCAAGAAGCAUAUCAACGAGCAUGUAAGGAUGGCUUUGAAAGAGUGAAGAGGGCAAGGGUGAUGCUGCUAGGCCAUUACGGUGCAGGUAAAACACACCUGAGAAAGAGGCUACUCGGAAAGGAAUAUGAUGAAGAAAAUGAUCCAAUCACUAAUGGUAUAGAAACUGACUACGUUCUUGUAAAGGAGGGUUGGAAUUCAGAUGACGCUGAGUGUCAUGGGCCAGCAAUAUCACGUUUGCUUGCUGUUAACACAAAAAAGAUACAUGAGGAAAUCCGAGCAAGUCAUACAGAUCCUACAGAAAAGUCACAACCCUUGGGCCAAGGUGUGGAGGCAAUUGCUAUACAAACAUCAGAGAUAAUGGAGAAAUCUUCAUCAAAGCCUCCAGGAAAGCAGUCUGCUGUAAAUCAAGAGGAAAUUAUAGCAGAACAUCAGCCCAGCCCUAGUAGUUCCAAGGAGGCUUUGUCCCAUUUAAAAACAGAGGAGAGUAUGGAGCUCCCGCCUGAUGUCUUAACACAUUUGACACAAAGCUUGUACGACAUUGAAAAUCCACCAGCUCGUCUAGCAAUCUGGGAUUUUGGAGGGCAAAGUGUGUAUUACAACACCCACCACACAUUCCUUUCUUCCAGAGCUAUUUACAUUCUUGCCAUUGAUAUGAGCCUUGCUUUAACAGACAGACCUAACGACCAAUGGCAUGGUGCUGAAAACUUCUCAGGAACUAUUCUUGGCUUUACUGAUUAUUGGAUAGACGCAAUCCAUACUUAUGCAGCACAGCAAGACAUAAGUGAAGAUGGGGUAUCAUGCCCCAGAAUAAUCAUCGUUUGCACGCAUAAAGACAAAUACCUGGAAAAUGUUCCCAAAGAGAAGCAUGAGGUAAAAAUAAAUGCGUACAUUGCUAAAUUGCGACAGCAUAUACAACAGAAGAGAAGUGGUGUGCAUGUUGACCCACGUUUCUUUGCGAUCGACAACACAUGUCAAGAUGAAGAUCCUGAAAUAUCCGAUCUCCGUCGAUAUGUUAUGAAAGUUGCUGAAAGCCAAAAAUCUUGGGGAGAGAAGAAUCCAAUAAGAUGGAUUAAUUUAGAAGAAGAUCUUCAGCUGCGACGAGCACCUGAGAAACGAGGAAAAAGGUGGAUAAGGCAUGGCGAGCUGCAAAAAUUAGCUGUCAAAGUUGGAAUGCAGGAUGCCAGUGAGCUGAAGUCAUUCCUCCAGUUCCAUCAUGACAUUGGAGAUCUUAUGCACUUUCAAACUGAUGAUCUCUCAGACACUGUCAUUUUAAACCCAUUGUGGCUGGUACAUGCAUUCAGGUCUAUUAUAGCGGUUGAUAAACACCAUGUCAAAGCUAAAGGGACUCCGUAUUGGUCCGCAUUAAAGAGGGGCAUCUUAGAUGAACGACUUUUGGAUGAGCUAUUGGGAGAUGACAGUGAGUUGAAGCCCAUUUUAAUUGACGUUAUGGUACGAUUCAACAUUCUUUUGCAACAGGACGUCAAGCCAGGCACAACAGAAAAGCCUACUUCUCGACAGUUCUAUGUGCCCAGCUUACUCCAGAUAUGCAAGAAUCCAGAAUCUGGGGUUGGCAGUGAAGGAACAAUAUUCAUACAAGGGAAAGAGAACUUUAUGCCACAUGUGCUUUUCAGUCGGCUUACAGUGGAAUUAGUUCAAAAUGACACAUCCCCACGUAGGAAAGUGUUAAGGAGAAGAGGUGACUUUUUCCUCAUUAAAAAUGAGCUGUACUAUGAUUAUGCUGUAUAUGCAAUUGAUCUACGGAGAGGAGCUCGUUGUGCUUUGAGAAAGUCAACAAAAUCCUCUUCCAUCGAACUGAUUCCCUUAUAUCCCCCAGAAACAAAGUUUGACAGAACAAUCCGAGAGGCAUAUGCAAAGUGGAAGAACCAUGUUUUCAUGCAAAUUCAGCAAGUGAAGCAGACCGUCUGCCCACAUUUGCAGUUAGAAUGGUUUGUCAGAGACCCAAGAAAGCCUAAAAUCAAAGAGGAGCUGAUGGCAAUAGAUCCGAAGGAGACUGAUCUGACAGCAUGUGAGUUACCAGUGGAUUCAGUGUACAGACUUUGGUUUAUGCCAAACUCAAGUGAGAAGGAGCAUGGUGUUACUCCACCCGCCACGAAAUUAUCAAGUGAUGAUGGAGAAGGAAAUGAUGAUGAAGAAGAUGAUGAUGAUAAUGAUGAAAUCUCAAGUGACAGCCCAACUCCAACAAAAACAACAACAACAACAACAACAACAGCUAGCACCAGGGUUACUGUCACACUGCCAGCCACAGGCACUUCAAGUAGUAGCAGAGGGAGUGUUAAAAGCAGUGCAGGAAAUAGAAAGAGACCAGUUCAUGGACACAGACAUAUCGGUAUGUCACAAAACCAAACAUCGUCAGAAUUACCUGCCCCACCCCAGACCAGGCACUCAGAUGCUCUCAAAAAUACGUUCCUGAGGAGAUUCUCCAUCCCUCCGGAAGGUGGAAGUGUUCAUCUGAAGGAAGUUGGGGUAUUCCUGUUAGUGCCUCCGGGAGCUUUGACUGAAACUACAGAAAUGUUCAUUGGUAUUAGUUGGAGAGAAGAAGACAUGCCACCGCUGCCACCAUGUCAGACUAGAGCAAGUCAUGUUGUUGUCUGUGGACCACAUGGCCUGACCUUCAGAACACCGGUGUACCUGUCAUUUUAUCACUGCAUAUCAGGCACACGUCAAAGAAAGAUGGGAAAGAUCUGUCCUGAACAUCUGACUCAGAAUUCAAGAAUGGACAACCCAUUUUACAUAUGGCAGUCGGAAACUCACUUGAAUGACCCUUGUCAGUGGAAAGUAUUGAGCAGUGCUUCUGUUGUGUUGACAAACACCAAAUGUGUCUUAAUUGUGAACCAGUUCUGCAAACACAGUUUGUCAUGCGACAGUAAGCGUCUUUCUGCCUUGGUGUUUGGGUCAUUUCAUCUUCGACCUGUCGCCUUACUGAAUCUGAUGAUAUGCUGUGUCAACGACACCCGAGAUGAGGUCGAGAAUGUGAUAACUAGAGCCAAAGCAUCUCUGUCAAUGGAUAUGUUAGCAAUGGAAAAGAAAUUCCACUUUUUAACUUGCGAGUACAGUGAAAGUGAACAAAAGGAUUCUUAUGAUGUCAGCCUUUCGUUGCUCCGCUGUAAGAAAGAGUGGAACAUGCAUGACGUUGAUCAUAGAAAGGUUAUAAAAUAUGUGAAAUUGCUCAAAAACGACAGAGAAGAUAUAACGUAUGCCCUGAGCCCUAAAAUGACAGAGGGACUUGAUGUGUUUGUCUGCCAGAUACACAUUAAGCAGGAAUUAUCCGAGGAUCAGGAAGAGGACAUCAAAGAGCUGACAUCAACUGAGUUUAACAUCCACUGGAUGUUGCCAAGAAGAGAAGAAAGUCUUCCUAGCUGUUACAGAAACGCAGAGGAGGAUCGCCACGGCAGUACCCCUGUGUAUGGAAAAAUUCUGCUCAGUAUGGAGUAUGACUACAAGAACGAAUGGCUGACUGUACGCAUUCACCGAUGCCAAGACCUAGCUCCAGUUGAUGUCAAGAAAAAUAGAUCUGAUAUCUAUGUCAAGACCUACCUUUUGCCAGAUAAACCAAGAGUUGGAAAGAGAAAAACAAAGAUUAGGAAGAAUACCCUGAAUCCAAUAUUUGAUGAAACGGUGCAUUACAACAUCACUAAGAAUGAGCUGGAAAGAAGAUUUCUGUGGUUGUCAGUCUUGGGCAAGGUCACAUUUGGCCACAAUGAGUCCCUGGGUGAACUUCUUUUGCCUCUUAAUAAGCAGAACUUUGGUGACACCUCGCCACAAUGGUUCCAGCUAUCAGGAGGCCGUGUGGCUGCUGGGGAUCAAGGCAUUACUGACCCGCAGACCACCAGAAGAACAGAGAACCAAGUUCUUGACCAAGCCCAUAUGAGCAAUCAGUUACAAAAUGUGUCUACUUCAUUGAAGACACCAUUACAACCUAACUUUGGCAACCAGCAGGAUGACUUCCAAUCCCAGACAACCAGGAAGAUGGUUGCACAGGGACAAUACCAACAGAUUCAACCAUCAUUACAACCUUAUUUUGGCAACCAAUGGUUGCAACAAAGCAAUUUCCAAUUUCAGACACUACCUGGUGAGUCAGCGGGACAAAAUAAACGCUAUCACCAAGAAGGACAAUCCCAACAUAGCAGACUACCUCAGGUGCCAGUCACUGACAACCGCCUGGAGGAACAUGGUGAUGACCACUUUCAAACAAUGAGGAAAUCAGGUUAUGAAUUUGCAUCUUUACCCCCACAACAGGACCCCGUGGCUGCUGAGGAUCGAGACCAGGGUUUUACUGGCCCUCCAAUCAUCACAACAACGGCAAACCAAGUUCUUACCCGAGUCCCUGGGGAUAAUCAGUUACAACGGUCAUCUAGGACAGUAGCACAAGAGAAUGCUGGGGUUCUAAGACAGACCCCAACUAAUACAGGCAAUACAACUAAUAUAUACAAUGUUCAGUAUGUUUACCACAAUUAUGGUACAGAUGAGAAAUCGAUGCCACAAAUGAAAGAGAAAGAUGUUACGACAUCAUUUUAUAAACAUGUCCCUCCACGUGUAAGAAAACGACUAUACGAGGCUUUUUGUCAAGUUGAUGUAUGGAACCAAGUGAAGAAGAUGUAUGGCAUUUCAGAUGAUACCCCAUGUCCUCCUGAUGUUGUGUCUUUAUUGUUGUCUCAAGUCCAUGGUUCCAUAGCAUCUUUCAUCAGUGAGUUGUUAAAGUUAAAGGAAAGCCUCAGAGAGAGACAGCAAUACAGUCUGCAAGAUUUGAUUGACGAAGUCAAGGAUGGACUUAAGAGUGAAAUGGAGUAUAAGAAACUUCGACAGAAUAAGAUCCUCUUUGCUGAGGAACUUUAUAUUGAUAUUGGAAGAAUUUUAGAUUACUUUAAUCAGGAUGACAAGGUACCAGAUGAGGAGAUUACAGUGCUUAAAAAUACUGCCAAGGAAAAUCCACGAGAUGCCUGUAGAAAGUUGUUUGAAAGGCUAAUUGCAAACAGCCCUGAAAAACAACUAAUCAGAUACUUGAAACAUGUCCUCAGACAAUGCAAACAAGGGCAUCUGGCAGAUGAACUAGAAGUUAGCCACCAGGAUGUAGAGGAUGAAUUACAGAAACAUGAAGCUGGAGGUGAUCAGUCUUCUCGUGAUGAGCGACUGGCGGUAGGAGUGGCAGCUCCCCCCACACCUGUUACAGACAAAAGCCCUAUUGGAGCACAUUAA